AUGCUCCGCUCAUUCCUGCAGCUGGGCAGACAGCGAGCUCCGGCCCUCCACAAACCCUGCGGGCGCGUAUUGAGGCCCGCCACGUCAUUAUCUCGGUGGUCUCAAACACGAACCCUCGCUUCAGUUUCCAGCUUACCGGGCUUGCCAGAAGUUGGCGACCAGCUUCAUGGGUUUACCGUGGAGGAGAAGAAACAUGUGCCCGAGCUUCACCUUACGGCUGUCCGAUUAAAGCAUGACAAGACACAUGCGGAUUACCUCCAUAUUGCAAGAGAAGACAAGAACAAUGUUUUCGGCAUCGGAUUCAAGACGAACCCUCCGGACGCCACAGGUGUGCCGCAUAUCUUAGAGCACACUACUCUCUGUGGUAGUGAGAAAUACCCGAUCCGUGACCCGUUUUUUAAGAUGCUCCCUCGCUCUCUCUCUAAUUUCAUGAAUGCCUUCACCUCAUCCGAUCACACCAUGUAUCCGUUUGCCACGACAAACUUGCAAGACUUCCAAAACCUCCUAUCUGUCUAUCUGGAUGCUACCAUGCACCCUCUACUCAAGGAAGAAGAUUUCAGGCAAGAAGGAUGGCGUUUAGGACCGGAAGACCCUCGGGCCAUCCAAACUCAGGAGGGUGGCUUGAAGCUGGAAGACAUCUUGUUCAAGGGUGUUGUGUACAACGAAAUGAAGGGUUCAAUGUCUGACGCCAACUACCUUUACUGGAUCAGAUACCAAGAGAGCAUUUUCCCUGCCAUUAAUAACUCUGGAGGAGACCCUCAAAACAUCACGGACUUGACGCACAAGCAACUAGUCGACUUCUCAAAGCAAAAUUACAACCCCAGCAAUGCUAAGAUCCUGACUUACGGCGAUAUGCCUCUAGAUGGCCAUCUGAAGCAGGUUGGUGGCGUCUUGGACGGAUUUAACAAAGGAGAUGCCGACACGUCCGUCAAAAGGCCGAUUGAUCUCCGUGAACCUGUAAACGUGACUGUGCCAGGGCCAAUUGACACGUUCGCCAGCGAAGACAAGCAAUUUAAAACUUCCACGUCGUGGUACAUGGGUGAUAGCACGGAUAUCGUCGAAACGUUCUCAGCAGGUAUCCUCUCGUCUCUGUUGCUGGAUGGAUACGGGUCUCCCAUGUACAAGGCUUUGAUUGAAAGUGGACUGGGUUCCUCUUUCACCCCCAACACGGGCCUCGACACUUCCGCUAGAGUUCCUGUUUUCUCAAUUGGUGUCACUGGUGUGAGCGAGGAUCAAGCCCCGCGAGUGAAGGAGGAAGUCCAGCGAGUCUUCCAGGAGUCUCUCGAGAAGGGCUUCAAUGACGAGAAGGUCCAGGGAUUCCUCCACCAGUUGGAGCUUGCCCUUCGACAUAAGACCGCGAACUUUGGUCUUGGAGUCAUCCAAAAAACUCUCGGGUCUUGGUUUAACGGUUCAGAUCCCAUGAAGGAGCUGGCUUGGAAUGAGGUUAUCGAUGGCUUUAAGAGCAAGUACGAAAAGGGUGGCUAUCUGGAGUCCCUGAUGCAAAAGUACCUCAUCAAUGAUAACUGCCUGACAUUUACGAUGGUCGGCAACCCAUCAUUUAACAAGGAGUUGGAUGAAAAAGAAGUGGUCAGGAAGGAGGCGAAGCUCAAGGAACUGAUUGAGCAGUAUGGCUCAGCUGAGAAGGCAGUCACUGAACUUGGCAAGGCCGAGCUACAGCUGCUUGAGGUUCAAGAGCAAGCGCAGCACUCUGAUCUAAGCUGUCUGCCAUCGCUGCGAGUUGAAGAUAUCUCUCGGCAAAAGGAGUACAAGCCGGUCCGCGAAUCUAGUGUUGAGGACACGGAUGUUGUCUGGCGCGAAGCUCCCACCAACGGAUUGACCUACUUCCAAGCAGUAAAUGCUUUCGCCGAUCUCCCCGAUGACCUUCGCCUACUACUACCGCUUUUCAACGAUUGCAUUAUGCGACUUGGAACUCCAACCAGGACGAUGGAGCAGUGGGAAGACUUGAUGAAACUUAAGACAGGCGGAGUCUCGACCUCAACUUUCCACACGUCGUCGCCAACAGAACUCGGUCAAUUCAAGGAAGGCCUCGAGUUUUCUGGCUUUGCGGUGGACAAGAACAUCCCAGACAUGCUUGAAAUCCUGACAGCCCUUGUUACCGAGACUGACUUCACCAGCCCUUACGCACCGGCGAUGAUCCAGGAACUUCUGCGAUUGUCCACUAAUGGGGCGUUGGAUGCUGUGGCAGGGACGGGCCACCGAUACGCAUUGAAUGCCGCAGCAGCUGGCCUUUCUCGUAGUUUUUGGGCGCAAGAGCAGACUUCAGGCCUUGCCCAGCUGCAAGCCAUGGCCAACCUUCUACGUGAUGCCGAGACUUCUCCUGAACGUCUAGCGGAGCUGAUCGAAAAACUCCGUCUCAUUCAAUCAUUUGCUAUUUCAAAAACAUCUGGUCUUCGGGUUCGCCUUGUCUGUGAACCAGGAAGUUCAAGCCAGAAUGAGUCGAUCUUGCAAAAGUGGAUUUCCGGCCUACCGAAGUCUCCUUCACCCUCGACUCAGCCUCAGAGUUUUGGCUCGGAGUCGCUUGUCACCAAGGCCUUUUAUGACCUGCCUUACAAGGUCUAUUAUUCUGGAUUGGCUUUACCAACAGUGCCAUUUACGCAUUCCUCCAGUGCGAAGCUGAGCGUCCUUUCUCAGCUUCUCACUCACAACUAUCUCCAUCCCGAGAUUAGAGAAAAGGGAGGAGCCUAUGGAGCAGGAGCAAGCAACGGCCCGGUCAAGGGAUUCUUCGCCUUCACUAGCUACCGUGACCCCAACCCUGCCAAUACCCUCAAGGUCUUCCAAAACAGUGGUAUUUUCGCGAGAGACCGUAUCUGGUCAGACCGUGAAAUCAACGAAGCUAAGCUAGGCAUUUUCCAAGGCCUUGAUGCCCCGGUCAGCGUUGAUGAAGAAGGAGCCAGGUACUUCAUGAGUGGUAUCACCCAUGAGAUGGAUCAGCGUUGGAGAGAACAGGUUCUAGACGUCACAGCAAAGGACGUCAAUGAAGUUGCCCAGGCCUUCCUCGUCGAUGGCACCCGACGAUCCGUUUGUCUCCUAGGUGAGAAGAAGGAUUGGGCUGAGUCUGAAAAUUGGGAGGUCCGCAAACUCUCCAUGAAUCCCUCUGAGGUUUCCGACCUUCCUGAGGGAGAUGCUGCAGCCUCGGCCUAA